CUGGGUCACAGACGCUACGGAGUUGGAAGUGCAGGGACUUCACAGCCCACACGGGCUACGAGGUGCUGCUGCAGCGGCUGCUGGAUGGCAGGAAGAUGUGCAAGGACGUGGAGGAGCUGCUGAGGCAGAGGGCCCAGGCAGAGGAGAGGUACGGGAAGGAGCUGGUGCAGAUCGCCCGGAAGGCUGGUGGGCAGACAGAGACCAAUUCCCUGAGGACCUCCUUUGACUCCCUGAAGCAGCAAACAGAGAACGUAGGCAGCGCGCACAUCCAGCUGGCCCUGGCCCUGCGUGAGGAGCUGCGGAGCCUGGAGGAAUUCCGAGAGAGGCAGAAGGAACAGCGGAAGAAGUAUGAGGCUGUCAUGGACCGGGUCCAGAAGAGCAAGCUGUCACUCUACAAGAAGACCAUGGAGUCCAAGAAGAGCUAUGAACAGAAGUGCCGGGACGCGGACGAUGCUGAACAGGCCUUCGAGCGUAUCAGUGCCAACGGCCACCAGAAGCAAGUAGAGAAGAGCCAGAACAAAGCCAAGCAGUGCAAGGACUCAGCCACAGAGGCAGAACGCGUGUACAGACAAAGCAUCGAGCAGCUGGAGAGAGCGCGCUGCGAGUGGGAGCAGGAACACCGGACCACCUGUGAGGCCUUCCAGCUGCAGGAGUUUGACCGGCUGACCAUCCUCCGCAACGCCCUAUGGGUGCAUUGCAACCAGCUGUCCAUGCAGUGCGUCAAGGACGAUGAGCUCUACGAGGAAGUACGGCUGACUCUUGAAGGCUGCAGCGUGGACACCGACAUCAACAGUUUCAUCCAGGCCAAGAGCACAGGCACCGAGCCCCCAGCUCCGGUGUCUUACCAGAACUACUAUGACCGGGAGGUCACCCCAUCGUUCAGCAGCCCCAGUGUGCAGCCAUCCUGUGGUAUGAUAAAGAGGUUCUCUGGACUGCUGCACGGAAGUCCUAAGACCACGCCCUUGCAAGCUCCAGCUGCCUCCACAGAGACUCUGGCUUCCACCCAUGAGCAGAGUGAGUUCGUCUACGCGGCCAUCAAAGUGCAGGGCACACAGGAGAACCCUGGCCCAUCCACCCAGGACUACCGGGCGCUCUAUGACUACACAGCACAGAAUUCUGAGGAGCUGGACAUUUCUGCAGGGGAUAUCCUUGCAGUCAUCUCGGAAGGGGAGGAUGGCUGGUGGACAGUGGAACGGAAUGGACAGCGUGGCUUUGUCCCGGGGUCCUACCUGGAGAAGCUCUGAGGAAGGGACAGCAGCCGCCCCACCCAGACCAACCCUGCCUGAGAAGUCGGGACUGUUCCCACCACUGCCAGGGCCCUGCAGGGCCAGAAGCAAGCCUGGCCCUCCUGGCCUGGAGAUGGGACAGGUGCUGGCUGCCCCCGCCCCCGACUUCCACCCCGAGGGAAUAAAGGA